GGCGCAUUUGGGCCGGAAGCUUUUCAAAGUAAACAAAUACUUGAAGGUUGCGUUAUUGGCCGCCAUUAAAAGUUGAACAAUUAAGAUUGUUCAUGGGACGAAAAAAAAAAAACAGUCAACUCCGGACGGAUCGCAUAUUUCCCGAAACCCACAUUUCAACCUCCAAAGAUUAGAUCAUUAAAAUCUUGGAUCCAAUUGGUUUUGAACUAGACAGUCAAAUUCAAUCGACUGGACAACGUCAAUCAACGACACCUCGCUCUCUUCGCAACUCGGGUCAAAAAAGCAAAUUUUACUAGGAAAACACAAAAACAGGAUCGCCCAUCAUGGACGCAGCCGCCUCUGCGCACCGCAAGGUCGAGCUGCAGUCCCCCGAGGACUUCACCUACCUGCUCAACAACGUCCGGCGCGCCGCGGCCGAGAGCAUCGGGGCCGCGUUCCCGCUUGCCGACGACGAUGCCGAGGACGCCCUGCGCGCCCGCAUCGAGGAGCUCGUCGACGACUACAUCGCGCGCACAUUUGCCCUCGCCGCGCCUAACGUCUCCAUCAACGGCCUGCCCGUUCCCGAAUCGCUCCUACCCAAGGAGAAGAGCAACGGCAAGACGAAAGACAAGGGCAAAAAGGGCAGCAAAAAGAGCAAAAAGAAGGGCGCUGCUGCAGAAGACGAAGACGAAAACGUCGUCUACGAACCCUUCGACGCCCGUCUACGCGACCGCAUCCCGGACCUGCUGCGCGAGGAGGAGGAGCUGCUCCGCGAAAUCGCGGCGCUCAAGAGACGCGUGCCGGCGCAGGCGGCCACGCGGGUAGGGGACGCACUCAAGGCCGGCGUGGCAGCGGACGAGGCGGCCCUGGCGGCGGCGAAGGAGCGCGUCGGCGACGUCGACAGGGAUCUCAGGGCAAAGGGACGCAAGCGGAUGCUGGACAGCCUCGAGGGCGGGGUCGACGAGGGCUCUGCUGCCGCCGCCCCCGCGAUCAGCGUCCUGCAGAGGAAUGACGAGGUUGCAGAAUCGUUCGGCACCGCCGUCGAGGGGCUCGGUCGGCUCAAGAGGGAUAUGCCCGCCACUGUGGCGCGGAUGGAGCGUGCGCGGGCGGCAGGGAGCUAUGUAAUUGCUGGAAGGUGAGGUGGAAUGCGGUACACGUUAUAACAUUUAUUUCCAUAUUUCUGGCUUACGGUCUGCGUCGGCGUCGGGCGUUGUAUUGGACGGGAACAGAAAAUCGGAAUUUACGAUUUAUGAGAAGAACAGCUUGGAUCAAGGUGGAAGCACCAAAUCAUCGUUGCAAAAGAAUCCCAGUUGAUGGCAAGAUCCGGUCAACUGGGAUGGUUUCGCGUGCAGGAACAACUGAAUGAAUAAAAAGACUGGUGGAUAUAAGGCUACGAAGAAAUGUCUAUAAUCUGCAUCUUUCGGUGCCGUCUCAUCUUUUCAACAACUUUACAAGUCAAACCUAAGCGGGUAUCAACCCUGGUAAAACCUGCCCUCCCGCACAA